AUGGAGACCCCGCCGCCGCGCCGGUGGCCGCCGGGCUUCCGCUUCAGCCCCACCGACGAGGAGCUUGUUCUCUACUUCCUCAAGCGCCGGAUCGCAUCCGGCCGCCCCUCUCCCUACGUCGCCGACGUCGAAGUGUACAAGUCACACCCCUCCCACCUCCCCGAGAGGUCGGCGCUGCAGACGGGGGACAGGCAGUGGUUCUUCUUCAGCCGGAUGGACCGCAAGUACCCCAACGGCUCGCGCGCCAGCCGCACCACUGGCGACGGAUACUGGAAGGCCACGGGGAAGGACCGCUUCAUCUGCGGCGGCGGCCGGGCGGUGGGCAACAAGAAGACGCUAGUGUACCACCACGGCCGGGCCCCGCGCGGGGAGCGCACGGACUGGGUCAUGCACGAGUAUACCCUACUCGCCGACGCGCUCCCGCCGGCCGCGCAGGGGAGGGAGUCCUACGCGCUGUACAAGCUCUUCCAGAAGAGCGGCGCCGGGCCCAAGAACGGCGAACAGUACGGUGCUCCCUUUCGUGAGGAGGAUUGGUUGGAUGAUGACGAUGAGGGAGUGACUGCGGAUGCUGCCGCUAAUUCUGUUCCUAACACCAGCAAUCCACCAUCUACAGUGGAGGAGCAUGCAAUUACUGACCGUGAGCUUCCAGUUGAGGAUCUUGAUGAACUCCUGUCAAAUUUUGGAAAUGAUCAGGAGGAGUUUAGUGAAGCACAGCCUGCUUCUUCCCAUGGUCAAGGUCAGGGUUGGCUCAGUGAGGGGGGUGACAAGGCUGAGGUUGUGGAUGCUUCCAUUAGCAAUGGUGCUGUGGUAGUAGCAGAGAACACCUGCACUGAACUCCCUCUUGGGGAUAUUGAGCAGCUUCUGAUGCAAAUAUCUGAUGAUCAACAAAACACUGAAUUGUUCUUGGAUUUAUCAACAUCAGUUCCAGAACUGCAGUUCCAGUCCGAUGAUCGUCAGGUUUGGCUUGAUGCCGACAGGGGACAUGAAGUUUUUGCUGCGGAUCCUACUGCCUGCAGUAGUGCUGUUGUAACUGCAGAAUGUACUGACACAGAACUUCCACUUGGGGAUCUUGAAGGACUUCUGCUACAAAUAGCCAAUGACCAGGACAUGGUUGAACCCCAAUCAGAUCUCUCUGCAUCAAUUCCACGUCAUAAUCUCAAUCAGGCUGGCAUUGGGGAUUUACAUGAGCCGAGUAGUCAAUUUCCACAGUCUAGUGUAACCAAUUUGCCAUUUACCGGAGAAACUAAUUCUUCUGAAGGGACCAGUGUGGCACAUUCCGUGUCAGGUUUGAUCAGUUACCGCAGCCAGGAUGCUGAUGAGGAGUUCCUUGAAAUCAAUGAUUUCUUUGAUCUGGAGGAUGUAGGUCAGAAUGCAAAUUGUACGACAACUGAGUACUUGAUAUCUGCAACAAAUGGGAUGUUUGACAAUUUGGAAUACUCUGAUGCUCCUUCGUUUCUACCUGGACCGUUUGACACAGUUGGAUUGGUAGCUGAAAAUCAAUUUUUUGAUAUUGGUAACAGUGGAAUUCAGAACCAGGGAUAUCAAUAUACAACCGAAGUAAGGACACAUAAUCAGCCUGCUCUUAAUGUGCGGAGCCAUAUGAAGCAUGAUCAUGUAGUCUUAUCCUCGCAUGCAUCAGGAACACUGAAUAUUCAUGCAGCAAAUGAGCUACAUAACCAGAGCUCCACAGCUUCACAAUCAUGGUUCAAUGCGGCUCUAUCAGCCUUGUUGGACUCUGUACCUAGUAGUCCAGCAUUAGCUGCUGAAAUCGAAAACACUGUUAUCAACAGAACACUCCAGCGCAUCUCUAGCUUCCGAUCACAGCAAACUGCAGGUGAAGAAAACACUUUUAUCAACAGAACACUUCAGCGCAUCUCUAGCUUCAAGUCACAGCAAGCAACAAGGGAAGAACCAGGCACCCCAAGUAUUCAGGUUACCAGAGGCGGCAGACUGAUGUUCAUCUCUCUACUGGUUAUACUUGCUUCUAUUAUAUGGACCUUUACUUCUGGCUCUGCCCUCAAUUUUUGCAAGGGUUUAUGGAAAUCCUCUUCUACGUGA